CUCACGUUGUUUGGCUAAAACGUCAGGCCACCUUAUAUGCUAUCAAGCUAUACUCUCGGAGAAUAACCGAUUUCCUCAAUUUUCUUUGGUUCUGUCACUUUGGUUGAUAGCGCUCUGCUGCGAAGACACCGGAGUAUCGCGAAAGGACCCUUCUCCGAAGAUGGUGCAUCAUCGGCAACGGUCGCGAUGGGUCUUAGAUCUCACGGCGGUGCUGGCUAUGGUCUCGACCUCAUCGGCUGUCAACCUAUCCCAGUUCCAGCUCAUUAUAUCGAACAGCAUACCGAAAAGCUGUAUUCGUGCCUAUCAGACGGAAAUAGAGGGCUGCAAUAUUAAGGACUUCACAGGUGGAAAACAAUGUUCGGCGAGUUGCGUGAAGGGAGUCCAGGAGGUGCAGGAUCUUAUACGAGAAGCUUGCGGAGAUCUUAAUAUCAGUCACAAGUCAUUGCUCGGGAUCGUAUUGUCGGGUGAUUUAGUAGAUACCCUCUGCCCUGGUCAGGAUCCGACGACGGUCAUUACGACUGUACAUCCAUCAUCGACCAAGGGGGAAUUCUCAACAAUUGUCACGGCGCCGACAAGUUUCCCGACGGACACGAGUCGCACUACCAAAAAGACGUCAUCCACGACGUCAAGUAAAAGUACUAGUACCAGUACCAGUACCAGUACCAGUACCAGCGACCAAUCCACAACAACUCAAUCUACAACGGAUCAAGAAACAUCAUCACCAACGGCCACGGCUAACGACUUGCCUACCGAUACUACAUCAGCACAGAACACGGCACAGCCUACUGCGCCGAGUGAGUCGACACAAUCAACGUCGUCUGACGAUGGUGCGCCAACACCCUUUCUCGGCGGUACGCCAUUCGAUCCUUUACCUGCAGAACAAGGCUUGGGCACAAUUCUCUCACCGGGAUAUGGCAAGGAAGCCUUGGUAGUUGCGAUAUGUGCUGCUAUGUUAUUGUUACGGUAGCGGUUCAACUUAAAGCCUUAGAAUGUAUAUCCGAGCAUGUAAGAAUAUUUGUAAUGUUUAAAGGGGAUGGGAGCGAUAGGACAAAUGAUACCAAUCACGGGGUGCUGGGGACGGGGUACUGGUGAUAGCGAUACCAUGAGCCAUUAUGACUUCGGGGUAAAGUGUCAAAGAGGCGGCAUGGGUGAUCUGCGACUGGGAUCAGUCUACUGGAAUGGAGGGUAUUUCGAAAUUCGACGUUGAAGUUUUGUUAUGGGAGAUGUCACUACUGAGUGGCUUAUAAGAUUAAGCUUGGUGACUUUUGUAUACUAGAAAUUUAGGACCAGAAGGCUAGAGAUGAGAACAAGAUGAUAUUUAAGCAGUCACUUGACGCUUUACUAUUCA